AUGCCACCCACUCGCCAACCACCCCACGACCCCUUCACAGAUGCACCACUCCGCCCAACAACCGGCAACCCCUCCUUCCGCUCCCAAACCUCUCAAUCCAGCCUCCGCUCAAACGCCAGUAACGCGUCUGCACGUCCUCGUCCACCACAGCAGACACGCGACCUCUUCGCACCCGCUCUAUCACGCCGGCCAACGAGCAGAACAACACCGAGGGUGGAAGACGAUGUCCUCGCCGACCCCGACUCGGAGGAAGAGAUAGCAGUGAUGCAGAGGCAGCGGCAGCGGCGACGGCAAGCACAAGAUGGGUUGAGGACGGCAAGGCAAGGCUCGCCGGAGAAAGGUGGUGCACAAUACCAUGGCAGGAGAGGCGCUACGAGACGCGAAGAGGAAGAUGUGGACAUCGUUAAUAGGCAGGCUGAUGGGAAUUAUAUGCUUGAUGUUAGUGGUAUGAAUGAGGGUCUGGCGAUGGGCGUGCCUUUGAAUUAUCCUUCUGCUGAGAUGGGUGGUGAUGGUGUGGAAGACGAGGAUGCUAGCACAGAUACGUACUACGCAGCCGUAGCACGUCAAUACUUCACAUCAGGUCGAACGAUGGGUGGGCGAAGUGUUAAGGGCGGCGCGGGAGAUGACGUGGAAGAACUCGUUCCUGAGAUGAUGGCACAUCUCCGUCGGCAGGCUACGCGUAAGCUGGAAGAUGAGCGAUGGAUGUAUGAGCCUACACCUGCGGGUAGCACGUACUAG